AAUGAUAUUAAGCAUGAAAAUCGAUAUCUGACUAGGACUUAAAUAAACAAUUCAAAUUGAUCAAUGUAUAUUAUACAGAGGUUUGCAACAACUUAUUAUUACGAUACCUGCAUGACAACGUAUAUCGAAGUCUAAUACUAGUACUAUAAGAUUUAAAUUUGGAAUAAACAUGAAUGGAUAUAGUAUUUAACUACAAUAGCUUCUCAGUGUAUUCUUAUCAAUAUGAUCUAUAACUAAACAUUGAUCAAUAAAUCGGCAGAAUAUUAAAUAUCGCAAAAUAACAAAACGUUUUUGCGUGGAUCAGUAAGGAAUACGGUUUAGCUGACGUUAAUCAUGGAGGUCGCCAACACGAAGUUUAAAGACGGCGGCGGGAUGACGUACGACCCCUCAAAGGUUGACUUGCGUGACGUCGACCCGGUGUCGGGGGUUCCUUAUCUCCACGAGUCAUUUAUCCUGCAUUCGUUCGUCCCAAUUCGCUACGUUCGACGUCAGAAGCCGUUCGAUGACGCUAACUUCGUUGGAAUGUAUCCGGAGGGCUACCGUAUGCCUACCAUACUGACGAAGGAUGCGAAAUUCAACGUCGUAAAGAAGACAUCAUUUGAUAAUGAGGUAAUCUGCUUCAUGGUCGGCACUGAAACGGUCGGUCACGACGAGGAGAAGCCGAUAGAUUGCGUCACCAACCACAAUUCAACGCGACCCGGAUAUCUCAACCUCAACGCAAGAGGCACCGCGCGGCAGUCGAAGAGCGCGCCCGCCAUGACACGCGAGCGGACGAAAACGAUGCUGCAGACCGCCGUUACUAAACGGGGAACGACGUCUCGCACGUAUCUGCGCGAUCAAAACCGUAAACAGGAACAAUCGGAGAUCGUUGAAGAAGCUGAGCCGCUCACGCCGCGGGCGGUCUCUGCCAAGCCGUCUGCUAAGGUUAAAAGGAAGAAACUUCCGGAUCAAGUUGAAUACGCACUGGCCUUGAAGCAUCCACAGUGGCCGGAAGUGGCUAAGGAGUGGGAGACCCGGUCAAGAAACGUCGGAUGGCCGGGCAAGAGAGUCGAGAAGAAAAUCGUGUCAGAAGGUUGCCACGUGACUCCCGGGGCGCACCCAAAAAGCGAAGAUCCAGAACUGGAAUGGGAGUACAAUUUCUUUCAAGCAGAACGUAUCCUUGACAACGAGGCUGUCUCGUCCGUUCAACGCCAAUGUUUCAUCAUUUUCUGUCUGCUAUGCGGUGAAUGUCUGGAGAAGAGGUCUCUCUCACUGAAACAACUGAAAUCCGUGUUUUAUUUCGUCUGUGAGACUUUAGAUCCGAACAUUUGGCGGAGUAAUAAGGCGGUGUGCGUAAAUAUGCUGAUCGACACUCUCCUUGAGAGCAUUCAAAGCGGAAACCUGCCGAACUACUUUAUGCCGAAGAACAACACUCUGAGUCACUUGGAGAAGGAAACCAUGGUGUCCAUUAAAGAUGAGGUGGCCAAAAUCCGUGAAAAUCCUGUAUCACAACUGUUGGAGCUAACUCAGACAUGUGCCUUUGUUAACAUUUUCCCGUUUUAUUGCAAUGUUGGCGAACUAUUUAAACCAUUCAUGGCUGACGCGGAAGAAUUCGCAAAGCGGGGCGAAGUCGAAAAAUCAGUGCGCGCUUUAUGUACAGUAACAGACGAACUUUGCAAUAGUUUCUACAUGGAUUCGGGUUUUGAAAAAUAUGCAGAAGCAUACGAGGAAAUCGGUGUGUAUGUAUCAUCAUUGAUCGCUCACGGCGUAUCUGGUUUCGAGGAAAGUAUAGAAUACUUUAUCAAACCGCUACAGGGCGAUUCAGAAGCCAGCAAACAUCUUGAUUUUCUCCCCACACUUCUGAGCCAGAAGAAUAUUUCACUGAGCGAGAACUUGCCUCAUUCUGAGAUAUGGCGCCCAAUUCGAAUGUGUCGUCUGUUGAUACAGAAAUUUGCAGAUGCCAAAACAGGAUCGCACUUGUAUGACCAUCUAGGUUGUAUGUAUCACUCCGCUUCCAAGGGGAACGAUGAGCAUCGCAAAGACGCUUUACAAAGAGCAGACGCGGCGUUCAAAGCGGCGCUUGGAAAGGAGGAUUGUGGGAUAGGUACGUACGUAGACUAUGGACGCUUUCUGUGCAAAACCAAGCGUUAUGGGGACAGUUUACCUCUUCUACGAAAGGUGAUCAUGAAGGAAUCUCAAAAACCUGAGAGCUUAAACUUCUAUGGCAAAAUGGAAUCCCUCGUCGCGGAUGAGUUUAUGAGACGUGAAAUAGACGCUUUGGACGGUGUUGAGGUUUUGUCAUGUGCGUACGCAUAUUACCUUUUGUGCGAAUGUUUCAUCAAGAUGAAGAAGAAAGCGGACCUGUUGAAAUCAUUGAAGCAAUUCGAGGAACUCUGUGUUCAGACGUCAGACGCACGUUCGUAUUCGUUGCUAGGAUACGUGUACAUGAAGCUACGUCAGUUCAAGAAAGCAUCAGUUCACUUCAAAAAGGUGCAAGAACUUCAACCAGAUAACAAACUCGUUGCGGCAAACAUCAUGGCGUGUACGAAGUUUGAAUCAAAGAACGUAUCAGAUGAAAGUCUAAACCUGGAGAAGAAAAUGGAAAAGCUGAGCCUUUGGAAAUGAUUUAUAAGAGAAACUAUAGAAAAAGUCUAAACCUAGAGAAAACUAGAAAGUUGAGCCUUUGGAAAUGAUUUGUAAGAAAAACAACAAUAGAAGUCCAAACUUGGAGUAGAAAAUAGAAAUGUUGAGCCUUUGGAAAUAAUUUGUAAGAGAAAUAAACCUGGAAAAGUGGGGGCAGUUUAGUCUUUGGAAAUAGUUAAGAAAAAAACACGAUUUCUACGAACCAGUAUGCUUUAAGUUUCUGGUCAUAUGGUCUUUGUAAGGAGUUGUUAUACAGCACAAUAGUUUAUAAUGAAAAAUACGGACUGGGCUGACAAUAAGAAAGGGAAGAAAAUUACGAAUAUGUAUUCAUUGCAAUAGUGUUACGGACAGUAUACGAGACGAAAUAUCAUGCAGCCUUUCGUGAGUUGAACAAAAACAUCGACCGUCAGAUGAGGCCGAUUGUUAAGAACCUUGUUAAAGUUAAAUGCAUUGUUAACGGUAUCGCUGUUAACUUUACGAGAUGAUAUACGUGUUUAUUAUGUGCUCAUUAUUAGUUAAAACAAGCAUAGCUGAAUCAGUUAUAUUAAUAUUUGUGGCUAGUACCGUAGAUCAAAUGUGUGUCCAUAAAACUUUCCGAGUAUUACAGAUUUGAAAGUUAACAACGGCACAGUUAACAACGUUGUUAACUUUAACAAUGUUCAAAACAAUCGGCCCAAUGUCAUCAUAUCAUGGCAUUUGUGUUAUGUCAGGAUAUUUCACCAAAUCAGGGUACCAAUUAGCUUUUAAGCUCAGUGCUUUUCUGUGUUUUCUAAUUAAUUUAUCUAUAUUAGAUAUUGAUUCAGAUAUAAAGGUAAGCCAUCCAUUAUAAGGAUAAAAAGCUAUGUUGGUGCAUUUUAUAUAUUAAUAUCGAGAUUAUUUCUAGGUCAAAUUUAUAUCAAUAAACCUUUUUUAUUUUUUUGCAUGUAUUACAAACUCGACUCAAUUAUUAAGAUCUGAUAAAUAAAGGGAGAUAAUAAUAGAUAAUUUUCUACGAUUAAAAGCAAUUCUAUUAAUUUGUUUCUUUAAUAAUUCAAUAUAUAUAGAAGAAAAGCUCUCGGUGAAAAAACAUUCAAAGUUUAAUUUUAGAACUUUAAAAUGAAACUUUACCAUAAGCAUUUUUUUGUAUUAAUGAUGGAUGAAUUACCUUAAAGUCAUGUAUUAACAUGUCGCAGUGCAAUGUAUGUAAUGCUUAAUACUAGA